AUGCCUAAGCCCGACUUCAACAAACCUACUGGGCACGGGGUUUACUUUUCGGGAAAUUUUGAAAUAGAGAGUAUACAGGUUCCCUCUGAGUUAGGUAAAAAAUCUGGCUACCGCAGUUACGUCGUAUUUAUCAAUUGUGGUGGUGCCGAUCGCAAAGAAGAGACCCGAUACGAGAUUCGGGCCAUAGGCUACUCCUCGCCUUCCAUGGCCCUCGAAGAGAGGAAAUUUUACUUCCUCAGAGGCUUGUUCUUUCCCACCAACACCGUGGAAACUCACAAAGAUCAAUUUUAUUUUGAGGGUUCUGACCAUGCAGUAAUUGGUCCAGCAGAUGACUUCAAAGGUGACGUUGUUGAUACCAUUGGGGUUACUGGCCUUGGAAUCGUAUCCAAACUUGGUACUAUAGUUGAAGAAUGUUGCAUCGGCCUCAAAGAUGAUAACGCUGUGGAAGAUCCGAAAACGCUUGUGGUCACUGUCCAACAUACUGAUUAUCAUCCAGGUAUCAAGCCAGCACCAACGUUUUACGUCAAAUAUCGUGUGCACCCUUUGAAAUACCUCUCAGGUAUCCCCCGAAUCCUCAAAUUGGGUCGCGAAGCGAUGUUCCACGGUUACCUCAAGGACUUCAAUGAGGAAACUGGUUGUUACAUAGUGAUUGUCAACCGUGUUUCCACUACUUGUGGACAUCGUGAUGCAAGUGAAUUUACAGAAAAAGUUGCCAAAACCAAGAAUGUCACCGACAAUUCUGGUAGACCUAAACCAAAGAAAUUUAUUCCGAAAGCGGUCAACGCGGCCUUCAAAUCACCUGUUAUUCCACCGCCAUCUACAGCCGGCUUCGAGUCUGGGCCCGCUGACCAUCCUACCGCGCCUAUGUCGCAAUCAGGCAGCAAGACAGAUGGUCCUGUGGCAAAUGAGCCCGCCAAGAAGAAAAGACCUGCUGUCACAACCCCUAACAAGCGCGCUCGGGCUUGCCCUGCACGCCGAACCUCCAGCAGCACCACACUUGACUUAACAUCAUAA